UCCGUUCUCUAGUCAGAAGCUUGUGAACUUCAGCCGGUCCGCAUCAUGGCGUCCAAACUUGUGCUGGCGUGUCUCAUUCCGCUGCUUUGCGUCCUCUUCGCUGAGGCGGCGGCUCCCGAAUGCGAACCCUGCGACCCGGCCCGUUGCGCCCCCCUCCCGGAGGCCGGCUGUCCCGCCGGCUCGAUCACGGACCCGUGUGGCUGCUGCUCGACCUGCGCCGCGGCAGAAGGGGAGCAGUGCGGCGGGCGCCGCGCGGCCAACCGCCGCUGCGGACCCGGGCUGGAGUGCGUGCGCGCCUCCGAGGACAAGAAGAGCAAGCAGGGCGUGUGCACGUGCAAGAACAACUACCAGGUGUGCGGGAGCGAUGGCGUCACCUACGCCAACGCCUGCGCCCUGAAGAGCGCCGGCGUGCGAGCGCAGAAAGACGGACAAGCGGAAGUGACCAUCCACAACAAAGGACGCUGCGCCGCAGCUCCACUCAUCGUCACGCCCCCCGGCCGGGUCUUCAACGUGAGCGGCGCUCAGGUGUACCUCAGCUGUGAGGCAGUGGGCGUGCCCACACCUGUGCUCACCUGGAGGAAGGUGAUCACCGGGAGAAAGAGGGUGGAGCUUCUUCCCGGAGACCGAGACAACCUGGCCAUCCAGACCCGAGGAGGCCCGGAGAAACAUCAAGUGACGGGCUGGGUUCUGAUCUCGCCACUCACCAAAGAGGAGGAGGGUUCUUACGAGUGCCACGCCACUAAUUCCAAAGGCGAAGCGUCGGCUGUCGGCUCCAUUGAGGUGGUGGAGUCCAUGGAUGACAUGGUCGUCAAGAAAGUGACGAAGGAGGAAGAACUGUGAGCGGCUGAUCUUCAUCCUUGACUCGCCUGACAUUUAUUCUCUCUUCUUGCCCGCAUAUUUUAUUCGUAGUAGGGAUGAAACGAUAAGAACAUUGCACAUCAAAUGAUCAGGGUGUUGUUGACUGUGCUCAUAAAGUACUUAUACAAACCAAGUUUUGUUGAAAAUAUAAAUACAAUUAAUAGCCACACAGAUUUUUUAAAAUAUUGUUUUGGCAAUUUAUAUUUUAGAGUAUUUUCUUCCCUUUUUAUUUUUUUUUAAUGCUAAGAAAAGAAAAACGUGUUGGGUGCGUCACACAAAUUCACUUCCUGUUGUCAUAUCGCUUCGGGUGACAAUCGAUAGUGAUGUGUGAUACCAAGUAAAAUUGUGGCUGGUAUCAGAAAUACCGAUCCGAUUCGCUACUGUGUGCAAAUGUACCCAAUAUAUGUUUGGUAAAAGUUGUGCAUUUCAAGUGUUGCUGCUUUUGGGAAAUCGUCUUUAAAUGAUAUAAAAUCACAGGGUGUUAUUCCGCACUUAUCUUAUUUCUCUCUAUCUCUAAAUAGCGAGCAAUAAAAUUAUACUUACACUUGCUGCUUUAUAA